UCUGAUGCAUCCUAAUCCUAAUCUAAUGGAAUUAUGGCUUUCACUAAAACAUUGUUCGUUGCGUAAAAAAUCUGCUGUAACUAUCGGUCUGAUCAGUUGCCAGAAAUGGAGGGUCUCAGAUGUCAUCGUUCAAAAUGCAAAACGUCUAUUAAGAAUGCAGGUGCUUCCUUGCUCGAAAACCUCCCACGAGAAACUUUUGCUAAAUCUAACAAAUUCGAAGCACGAUUCCAAUAAUCGCCUGUUCAAAAUUUCACUGGGACAACAAGGAUGCAAAGAAAGAAACUCUAAUUUAUAUCUCGACCUUAAUUUAACCAAAGAACCGUCAUCAGCCAAAAAAGAGGACAUACUUCGAGAAGUGCACGAUCAUUUGAACUGUUACGAAACUUACAUAAAGAUAUUAAUAUAAUGACGAAACAUUGAGUAAAUGGUACUUACCAACUACCCAUCAUCCUCGAUCAUUGUUCCAUCAAGUAUGACAUCAAGGACAUGUCUGGCGGCGAUUCAUCUUAAAGAGAUCAUCAAGUUCGUGACGAACACAAGAGAGAAGGAGCUUAAAAAAGAAAAAGGUGUUAACAAGCUGACCAGGGUCAAACGUGGCGCAUCUCCUGUCUAUCCCCCUCCUCAUUGAUUCCUUAUCCCCCCCCCUCCCCCCUAUUACUGUUCGUGUCUUUCACCCCAUGAUGUCUAGCAUAGCAUCCUCUUGCACUCCCACGAGGACUUUCUCCAAAAGACCAGCUACUAUAUAAACGACAUGGACGAUGUUUGAAGCACGUUAGACGAAAUCUUACGGAUGCGUCGUACGGACCAAGUCGUCUCGACGUUUCUGAAUUUCAUUUGAUUUUUACACGUGAUCGUUUUCUUACGUCCGAUCGGGGUGGUUCGUGCAUGUGAAUCAGCGUCGGCUGCACCCUUCCAGCUUCGUCGACCAAUCGUCAGGGAGUAUGAGGCCCGCAAAGAGCUGGGCCACCCUGGCCGCGGCCGUGCUUACUACGGCCCUAUUCUGGCAGUCCAUCUCAGCCGAUGCGCCAGUCUCAGGCAGCUAUUUACCACCAUCAACGAGUUAUGGGACACCGAAUAUAGGAGGCGGAAGCGGCGGAAGCGGCGGAAGCUUCGGCGCCCCAUCCUCUAGUUACGGGGCACCUAAUGGAGGUGGUGGGGGUGGUGGUGGCGGCGGCGGUGGUCGUCCUUCCUCCUCUUACGGAGCCCCCUCUAGCAGCUAUGGAGCCCCAUCGAGUAGCUACGGAGCGCCCUCUAGCAGCUAUGGCGCCCCCUCGUCCGGUGGCGGCGGUGGUUUCGGUGGCGGCGGCGGUUUCGGUGGCGGUGGCGGUUUCGGUGGCGGAAUCUCGUCAAGCUACGGUGCCCCGUCCCGUGGAGGUGGAGGUGGAGGAUCACUGUCCUCGUCUUAUGGCGCACCUAGUUCCGGCGGCGGUGGACUGUCCUCCAGCUAUGGUGCUCCUACUGGAGGCGGUGGCGGAUUCUCAAGACCAUCUUCGUCUUACGGUACACCUAGCACCGGUGGUGGCAGUUUCAAUGGAGGCGGACGUGGAUAUUCUGGAGGCGGAGGUGGUUACUCUAACGGCGGCGGCGGCGGUAGAGGUGGCUAUUCCGGCGGUGGUGGAGGCUACUCAGGUGGCGGCGGCGGUUACUCGAACGGCGGCGGUGGAUAUUCCAACGGUGGCGGCUACUCUGGAGGCGGUGGAGGUGGUUACUCUGGAGGUGGCGGAGGUGGCUACUCCGGAGGUGGUGGUGGGUACUCUGGAGGCGGAGGCGGCUACUCUGGAGGAGGCGGAAAUGGCGGAGGUGGCUACUCUGGAGGUGGCGGAGGCGGCUAUUCUGGAGGUGGCGGAGGUGGUCAAGGGUACGCUAGCAACGGAGGUUACCAAUAUUAAUCGCCGGGUAUCUUCACCCCUUGCGACGACCUUCGACCUUGUUUCAUCAGUCAUCGAGCAUCAUCGGGCGAAUCGAAGUAACCUA